AUGGCUUCUAACAUUGAGGAGGUGACCAAGAACACUGCAAAGAAUCUCCUUGAGCUCAUCUCCGAAACCUCUGAAAAUCUGAGGAUCAUGGAAGUGACUGACUUCUUUGACCCCAUUAAAGAGCUCGGGAGAGGAGCGUAUGGAAAGGUUCUGCUGGCCAAACAUCGGGGUUCAGGUGAGUUGGUGGCUGUGAAGCUGAUGAGCAAGGAGACAACUCCAAAGGACAACUUCCUAAUGGAAUACGGAAUGUCGCUUAGUCUCAGCAGCCAUCCAAAUAUCAUUGCAACCCAUGAGAUCGUUUUCCACACCGGCAGUGACUAUGUCUUUGUCCAGGAGGUGGCACCGGCUGGAAAUCUUCUAUCAAUAAUAAAGCCAGGGGUUGGUUUGAAUGAAGAUAUAGUGAAGAGUUGUGUUCCACAGAUCGCGAAUGCUUUGGAUUUUAUGCACAGAAGAGGAAUGGUCCAUCGGGACAUAAAACUGGACAACAUUUUGGUCAUGGACACGGAAUGUAAUAAUGUCAAACUGGCAGAUUUUGGACUGACGAUGCUCCAGGGAACUCAAGCACCCUUUAUGCCCUGGUUUAUACCGUACUCCGCUCCGGAACUGUGCACCCUAAAACAAGGGGAAAAGCUGCUGCUGCACCCGAGCAUUGACAUCUGGGCCUUUGGAGUCUUGGUAUACACAGCUAUGACGGGGUCCUUCCCCUGGAAAGAAGCAGGGGAUUGUGACCUCGCCUAUCAGAACUUUGCUUGGUGGCAAACAAAGAAGGAUCUGACCUUGGGACCAAGAAAGUGGCGACGAUUCUCCAUUGAAGCCAGGCGGAUGUUCUGGGACAUGUUGGCCCUCAACGCCUCUGAGAGGUGUUCUGCUUUGGAUGUAUUAAAAUAUGUCCACCUGCCUUGGAAAGCAGAAAUGCCUCCAGGGAAUCUAUCCAGGAAUAUGGUAGUACACGUGACAUAA